AUGAUGGUUCACUAUAUACCACCAUUGGGCCACUCACGCGCUAUAUUACUUUGCGCAACUUCGGCGGUCCUAUGCCUUAAAGGUAAGGCAUGGGGCGGAGAUUUCGAAGAAACAGAAAUCCUCAGUCAGGUAGAACUUCCAGAUAUAACACAUUCUUAUUUUGCACUGAUGGCAAUCAGUGAUCGAGUUCCAAGAUACCUGGGCAAACCAUCUGAUAGGAAGAAAAAUACCGAUGAAUCAGCGACUUGCAUCGCUGCAAUAUCGCUGUUUUUGUCGUGA